AUGGUAAUCAGUGUCGCAUCCGAUGCUGUAAAGUGCAGGAUGUUUCCGGCUACAUUCAAGGGAACUGCCAUGGCAUGGUUCACAACCCUACCCCGAGAAUCAAUCACGAAUUUCCAUGACUUCUCAUCCAAGUUCCUCGUCCAGUUUUCGGCAAGUAAAACCAAGCAAGUGACAAUUGAGGAUUUGUACAAUGUGCGCCAGUCCGAGGGCGAGACUCUGAAACAGUAUAUGAAACGAUUUAGCGCCGCGUCGGUGAAGAUUGAGGAGUCAGAGCCAAAUGCAUGCGCCCGUUCCUUCAAGAACGGUUUGCAGCCUGGAAAACUGAAUAACAAAUUAAGUCGCAAGCCCGCCCGGUCAAUGGCGGAGGUUCGAGCGCGAGCAAACACCUACAUACUUGACGAGGAGGAUGAUGCUUUUAAGCGAAGGCGUGCGAAGGUAGAGAAAGAUGGCGACCAGAGGGAUGCAUCGCCAGAGGACAAGCCGAGUAUGGAGAAAGCGGAAGGAAGCAAGAGACGAGACAGGAAGGUGCGUACGAGUGAAAAGGUGCCGAGGGAACCGUUGUAUCUUAAAAAGGAAAAUUUCGAGCGUCGCCGACCCUGGCAUCAAGCCGACUCUCACUGGCGAGAGGAGUCAGGGAAGAGUUUGAGUGCGCAUCUGACGGAGCUGUUGCGUGAGGUUAAAGCGACACACGCAGUUGAGGAAGGCGAGAAAGAGACAGGCCCGCCCCGGGCAGCGUUAGAUAAGACCAAGUGGUGUGAAUACCACCGCUCAGCAGAACAUGACAUUGGGGACUAUUUUACUCUGAAGAACGAGAUCGAGAGGCUCAUCCGAGCGGGGCGUCCACAGUUGAGUGAUCGUGGUGAUCGCUGGAGCGGAGAGCGGCAAAGAGGAAACUGGUAUAAUGGGGCCCGCCAGCAAGAUGAUCUUAAGCGAGAGGAUCGCCGCCGUACCCCAAACACUGACAAAAAGGAAACACUGGCCACACGGAAAAGGGGGCGGAAGAGACCUUCAAUAAGGACCUUGAGCCGCCGGUUGGGACGAUAA